AAGCGAGAGCUGGGCUGCUUUGUUUGCCUCCUGCGCGUCAGUCGGUCACAUCUGGCAACCCCGCUCUGAGCCGACAUGGGACUGCACGGGUCCAGAAACUCGACGGAGGGGCUUUAAUGGUGCAGGCAGCCCGUGCGCAGAUCGGGGACUGUCGCGCGCUCCGGCAAUGUUCACCGAGGACUAAAGAAAACGGUGGAGCGGAUCGGUGCGCAACAUCUCGUUUCCAUGGACAACACGUCCAUCAUAACACAGGUUGCAAAUCCAAAAGAGGAGGAGAGCAUCUCAUCAGGUCAAGAUAAAGUGUCCCAGUCCAACAGCAGCCUAAAGAAGCACCGGAGUCGGAGUAUUUUCAGUCCCUUUUUUUGCUGCUUCCGCAACUACAAUGACUACCAUGUGGAGCCCCCGCCCGCCAACAACAAGGCACUUUCUUUGCCGCCUCCUCCAGAGGAGAAUGGCAGUCCUCCUAAGCCUCCAGCCACGUUCCUCCUACCUGAGGUCAGUAUAGCAGAUUACGGCAAGAACUGUGUGGUGAUCGACCUGGAUGAAACCCUGGUUCACAGCUCCUUUAAGCCCAUCAGCAAUGCAGACUUCAUCGUCCCAGUGGAGAUUGAUGGCACUGUUCAUCAGGUGUACGUCUUAAAGAGACCCCAUGUGGAUGAAUUCCUGCAGAAGAUGGGCGAGUUGUUUGAAUGUGUCCUCUUCACAGCCAGCUUAGCUAAGUAUGCUGACCCUGUGGCAGACCUGCUGGACCAGUGGGGGGUGUUUCGCGCUCGGCUCUUCAGGGAAUCCUGUGUUUUUCACAGGGGAAACUACGUCAAAGACCUCAGCCGGCUGGGCCGAGAACUCAGUAAAGUAAUCAUAAUCGACAACUCACCUGCCUCCUACAUCUUCCACCCUGAGAAUGCAGUUCCGGUGCAGUCGUGGUUUGACGACAUGACGGACACAGAGCUGCUGGAUCUGAUCCCUCUAUUUGAGGGUCUCAGUAUGGAGGAGGACAUUUACAAUUCUUUACAGAGCCUGAGGAACAGGUAGCAGAUGAUUUCUCAUGCCUUGAAUCUGCUGAACAGGAGCCUCUGUAUCCACAUUUGGUCCUUGGUAUGAACAUUUACGACAAACUGGUACCACCCAUCCACGGAUCCACGAACUCUUUACUGACAAAUAUAUUACUGUAUGUACAUAGUUGAUGUUUCUAAAAGGAAAAAUAAACAUCAAAUAAUUUUUCUAUCAGAAAAACAGUUUUAAUAUUCUAUCAAGAAAUAUUUUAGUUACCAAAAACAAUCACAUUCAUGGAGCAAUUUGAUCGUGUUUUUGUGUUCUUGCGUUGAGCAGUCUUACGCAGGCUGAUGUUUCUGGUCUGAAUAUUGGUUCCAAUACUGUGAUUGACCUUUUCUUACAGAAUGAAGUGCCUUCAUUGCUGUACUGGUUUUGUUGUCGGGUUAUGGGGUGCACAUUUUUAUUUUUUUGUAUUCACUCCGAUCUCCAGAAUCCUGUCGUGUAAAUCUUCAAACUGAAGUCAGAAACAAGCCCAUUUUGGGAACUGAGAAAACCGAGACAAGUAAUUUAUAGAAACUUCUGAAAAGGUGGUUAUAAUAUCUAGAUGAUUAUAUGGUUUUCAGUUUGGUAGCACUGAACUGUUGAAUUUUACUGAUUGUGUUCAAUUCAAUGUUUGACAGUGACUGUAAAUUAAACACUGAAGCCCUAUUUUACUUUUGCAAGAAGACGACUUCAAUGUGUGUGAUCACUGUCCCAACAGUAAGUGUUAAACUAAUGAAAGUUGAAAAAUAUUCAAAAAGUCUAAAGAUUAGCUUAGAUUCUAUUUAUUGAGGAAAAAGGUUUUGGGUGCAUUGUAAAGAAAGGCCGUUGGCGUUGUACUGUACAACAUGAUUAAAGUUGCAAGUUUGCACAC